AUGGCCGACCAAGGAAUCAAGGGAAGUCUCGAGGAGUUGUGCAAGAAUGAGACGGUCAAAAAGGCGGUGCUCGACGACAUGGUGGCCGUCGGCAAAAAGGCGGGACUCUUCUCGUUCGAACAAGUCCGUGACAUCUACCUAUCGGCUGAGCAAUUCAGUGUGGAGAACGACUUGUUGACGCCAACACUGAAGAGCAAACGCCCGAAGCUGAAGGCUCACUACGCGAAAGAGCUCGAGAGAAUGUACUCGAAACUUUCAUAA